GUCACGUCUGAUGUCUGAGCUGCCAUGUGCUGCAAAAAUAACACUCGCAGUUUGGUUGAGUUCUCGAUUUAAAACCAAGUCUCAGAACAAGGAUACAAAGGAUAGUUUAUGAAUAGUGAUGAAAUGUAGAUAUAUAGCUUUAUUUAGAAUUCAUUGUGUAAUGUAGGGCGUUGAAUAAGUCUCGUUAGGACUAAAGCCGCUUUUGUAGCUAUCUGUCGUGAUAUAAUCUAUCCAACCAGCUGUAGUUGAAACGCUAGGUCACUUACAUUAACUAUAUGUUAAUACGAAACGACACAUUGGCAGGCAAAUUCUUGGCGAUUGUGUUAUCGUUGUUCAGGUUACCAAUGGCAAUCAUGAGGAGAAUGAUAACAAAGUUCAUAAACAGAGCGCUUUUGGGUACAGUUUCUUUUGAGAAGAUGACUAAUGAUGUAGCAGCAGCUGGUAGUUCUAGACGGAAAUUGGUUGUAGGACUUGGUAAUCCUGGCAUGGACGGCUCACGGCACAGCGUCGGCAUGGCCGCAAUUGCAGCACUAGCGGAACGUCUAAGAGUGGCUGACCAAUGGAGGACAGACAGACAGGUGUUAGGAGACAUCAUCGUUUCAGUCUACCAAGACACCCAGCUUGUGUUACUGCGGCCCAAGUUGCUCAUGAAUGUAAAUGGAGUGAGUGUGGUUAAAGCGGCCAGCAAAUUUUCUGUUCAACCUGAGCACAUUGUCCUAGUUCAUGAUGAACUUGACAAGCCACUUGGGAAGCUUGGCAUCAAAAAUGGCGGAAGUGCAAGGGGUCACAAUGGUGUCCGUUCCUGUGUCGAUUGCCUUCAUACUGAUGUUAUGUCACGAUUACGAAUUGGCAUUGGCCGACCCUCAGAGAACACUGCAGUGGACAGACAUGUUUUAGGAAGGUUUUCUAAGGAAGAGCAGGACAUUCUGAGCUCUGUGCUGGAACAGUGUGUGGACCUUUUGCUGACACAUCUUACAGCACCACAACUCCAAACAUCUCCACCGGGGGGCAGGAGUGCAACAUGCAGGAGUAAAGAGAGGACUCCUUUAGUUCAGGAGGCUAUUGAAGGGCAGCGCCAGAAAUGAACUGACUUGCCAAUGAUUUCAUAAUAAACGUUUUAACUUGA